AAGAGCCAGGAAAGCGACCGUCUGCUGCUCGUGGCCAGCGCCAACCUGAGAGAGUUUGAGGUAUUGCAUCGGAACUGAGUAAAUUGAGAAAUACAGCAAACAUUUCAAAAGAACGCUGAUAAAAUUACCAGGCAGACCAAUGAAUCACUCUCGAUACAUAGAGCAAUUCCUGAAGAUGUGGGACACCAAGGAGCCAGAACUAAAGAGCUGGCCACAUCUGUAAACAGGAGCGCUGUGAGCAUGCUGGCAGAUGUGGCAGGGGGUUGAGCUGGAAGCUGCUCGACACAUCGACUGGCCUGUCCAGGGUCAAUGCCACAUUGCGAGAGACAAACAAGCUCCUGCAUGACUCGAACCUGACCACUCUGUUAGUGGAAAGAAAAAAGAUGUGGAAACACCAAGCCAACCUUCUAUUUGAUCAGUUGAAAUCUUCGAAGAUUUUAGAAGAGAAUCUGAACAGAAACCUUUCCGAAAUUAAACUGCUGAUCAGCCAGGCCCGGAAACAAGCAGCUUCUAAAUCUCCUGUCGUGAAGGUAACCAUUUCAGAGACUGCAUGGGAGAAGCUUUCUUAAAUGGAAAAUCCAUCAGCCUGUGGAACCACCUAGAAAGGGAGGGUAAAUGUCACGGCUGCUUUGGAAGCUCCCAGAAUGAAGACUCUUCCUUCCAUUUUGAUGGGAGUGGGUACUCUCUUGUGGAGAAAACGCUUCGGGCGACUGUGACUCAGAUAAUAAUGCUCUUCAGUACCUUUUCACCCAAUGGACUUCUUCUCUACCUGGCUUCCAACCGCACAAAAGACUAUAUCCAUCGAGUUGGUCCACAGCAGAGUGAAGUUACUGUUUACCUGGGUUCGGGACCCCUUGCUCUUAUUACAGACAGAUGUUACAACAACAUGACCUGGUACAAAAUUGCCUUUCAGCGAAACCGGAAACAAGGUCUCCUAGCGGUCAUCACGUACAACACUAGUUACAAAGAGACUAAGCAAGGCAAGACUCUGGGAGUAUCUUCUGACCGCAAUCAUCUAGAUAAGGAUCCCAUUUAUGUGGGUGGAUUGCCUCGGUCAAGAGUUGUAAGGUAUGAUGUUAAACUGCAGCACUUCUGUGUCCCUCAUUUCUACAACAGAGUGAGACCCUGUCUCAAAAAACACCAAAGGAACAAACAGAAAAAAAUUUAAUCUCUCCCAGUUCCAUUUUGACAUCGAGGUGUUGUCAGGGCUUUGUCCCUUGGAGGACCGUGGGAGAGAACCCACUCCACCCUCCUGGCUUCUGGUGGCUUCAAGGGAUCUUCAGCCUGUGGAUGACGUUCUCUUUGUGGCUUCACCUCUGUGCCACGG